ACUUUCAAAUCGAACUGUAUUCCUUCAUUUAAGGCAGCUUUCCUGGGAUCUCAACCCUCUUUUUUGACAAGACCAAACAACACAAAGUGUUCUAUUUGUCUGAUAGGGUCACACUAUCAGCAGCUCAUUUGUGUUUUCUCACCAAUUCUCCUUUUUACGAAGUGACUGUGGACUUGUGUUUUUUACAGGAGGACCUUGUAUUGUGAACGGCAACAAACAUCAUUCUGCAGAAAUCAUAAAAUGGAAAUAAAAUCUGUUUAAACCUGCAUGAAUCUGCCCAUCUGAUAAUAUCCAGUUAUCUUGAGACAGUGAGCCUUAUUGUAUAGUUGUAAGCAAAUAUGUUCUAUGCUUUUGAGCUGAUUUAGUCUGGAGCUAAGGAUAGUUUGUCUCUCUGGAUAAGACAUUUGUAAUCUACCUAAGACAUUUUUAGUUCUUAUGAAGCGACAUAGAUCAAAGCCUAAAGGCAGUCGGUUUUCAGUCUCUUUCCGUUUCUCUUCCAGGUUCAGGAGUUGUCCGAUGAGCUGGCCAAGCAGUUAUGGAUGGUACUGCAGAGGUCCAUGGGCACGGUUCGUCGUGACCCCACUAUGCUGGUGUCAGUGGUUCGCAUCAUUGAGCGCGAGGAGAAGAUCGAUCGACGUAUGGUGGACCGCAAGAAACAGACUGGGUUCAUCCCACCUGGGAGACCCAAACGGUGGAAGGACAAGAUGUUCGAGGUGUUGGAGGGUACAGUCAGCACCCGCAUCGAGGGCACCCAGUCUGUGACGAGAGAGGCUGACAAAAUGUGGUUGGUUCGUCUUUUAGAAAUAACCAGGAAAUAUGUUCUGGAUGACCUCAUCAUUGUCAAGAAUCUCAUGGUGCAGUGCUUCCCCCAGCACUACAACACUUUCAACAGGUUUUUCAGUCUCUACCACAAUGCUGUGUCCACUCGUGUCAAAGAACUGGCCUCUGAGGACUUGGAGGCUAAUGAGAUCGUAUCCCUGCUAACCUGGGUCCUCAACACUUAUAAGAGUGCGGAGAUGAUGGGCCAUCCAGAGCUCUUUUCAGAGUGCGACAUAAACCAGCUGGAGCCUCUUCUGCCUCAAGAUGUGGUGGACGACCUGCUCAGCAAAUAUGUCAAGACUUUCACAGUACGCACCACACACCAUGGCAUGAAAAUGGAUGUUAAAGUUUUUUUUGUCACCUACCUAUUGUGCUGAUCAUCACCUAUACACCAGUAUCUGGCCCAACAAUAGAACAAACUCUGUCGCGGCGAUGAGCCUGUGUCCCUCCUACACCAGCAGCUCUGACGGUUUUGGAUCUUGGCCUUUAACAUGUGUCCACACCCACUGGUAAAAUCUGCUGGUGCAGGCGAUGGUGGUGGCGUUACACACAGUCAACGCUAUUGGCUACUUCAAACGCCAAUCAAUAUCCGUGACAAGUCCCUCCCCUCUGUUUCUACAGGAAACAAGUAAAUAUGCAUCAUCAAAUAGCACUCUGCUAGCAGGUUCUUGAGACCUUUAACAGGAAUACUAAAGCUUUGUUUAUACACGCGAUUGGCGCUUUGGUGCGAGCCUCCGCAGACGUGCUGCAUUAUUCUCCGAAACGCCAGAGGGCGGACACACAAAAACAACUGAAGAAUCAAAGAGACAAUGAGUGUAACCCAGAGACUGUAGGUGUAACCGGCAUAAAGCCAUAAAACAACCUCAACAAUGCCAUGGAGGGAUUGUAAUUAUCUGUAAACGCAUAUCUCAUAUUCAUGGCCUACUUUAUUGCCUUUUUACAAGCCCU